UACUAAUAAAUAGCCAAAACAAGAAUUAGCAAAUAUUCUUUAUAGUAUUAUUUUUCAAUAUUCAUCAGCAGAACUUUGCUUGACUUGUUGGUUUUUGGCAAAACCUUCGAAUAUAAAAAAUAUGGUUAACCAUUCUAAAUUUUCCCACCGAAAACACUUAGAUGGCAUUCGUGGAUUGGCGUGUCUAAUUGUUAUUCUUUUCCAUUGCGACUUGCCAUUAUUUUCCAACGGUUUCGUGGGCGUCGACAUAUUUUUCGUCCUUUCCGGUUUUCUGAUUUCAUCUAUAUUAUUGAGAGAGAUAAAAGAUACUGAAACUCUUGAUUUCAAAGUUUUCUACGCGCGGAGGUUCCGACGACUAUUUCCAGCAUCCGCCAUCGUUCUGAUUUUCACUGCAAUUUUAUACCGCAUUUUGGAACUUCCAGACUAUGUUGACAAACAUAAAGGAUCUUUUAUAGCAUCUUCGCUCUACUCACAAAAUUGGUAUGGAUUGAAAAUGGCACUGGAUUAUUUCACCGACAAAGGUUCAGACCAUAGUCCCGUCAUCCAUUUUUGGUCGCUUUCAGUCGAAGAACAAUUCUACGCUUUCUUCCCUAUUUUCCUGUUCCUGGUUUUUCAAUUAUUCCAGAAAAAUCUGAAGUUCAUAUUCACGUUCUUUAUGCUGGUUUUAUCGAUUACUACCGGGUUAAAUUGGAGCAUAGCUGUGGAUAAUCCAAUGAAUUCUUAUUUUUCAACCUUCGGUCGACUGUACCAAUUGUUUACGGGUACAAUAAUUUCACUUAUAGUAUUGUUUUAUGAAGAGAACAAAAAUUAUCUAAUGAGAAGUUCAUUUUUUCCGAAUCAAAAAUUAAAAAAUUUUGCAGAUUUUCUGUCUGGAGGAAUUUUUCUGCUACUUCUUUUCGUUAUUUUAGAUUUUAAUUUAGACGCCUUUUAUCUGGGAAUGUUGACAACAAUGUUUUCAUUCCUUUUAAUAAUUAUUCUAGAAGUUUCUGAAAAAAAUGGAGUCAUUAAAAAAGUAUUAUUUCACAACCGAGUUUUGUGUUACAUCGGAAAAAUAUCAUACGGGAGUUAUCUAGUGCAUGUUCCAAUGACUAAAUUUGGCGAAAUAGGCGGCUUCUUGCCAGCAAAUUUACAAUUACGAGCUCUUGUUAUUUCGAUAUCCACUUUUUCAACCGCAACCUUUUUGUGGCACGUGAUUGAGAGCCCUUUGACCAAAAAAGUCAAAAUUGAAAAAAAAUCCGCACUCCGUGUUAUCCUAUUUUUCCUUAUGCUUACAGCUUUACUACCUUGUAUCCUAGCGCUUAUUUUGCAAACUAAAACUAAUGCCUAUCAUCAUAUUAACCAAGACAAGACGUCAAAAAUUAUGAUAACGGCCAAUGAGUCAGCGAAACUUUCAAACUGCCAGCUUUUUAGUAGGUAUGACAGCAUUUUAAUAGCCGGCGAUUCGUUUGCACGUGCGUGGCUUCAACCAUUUUCUGCCUUUGGAAAUCAAUGCAACUCUUCCGUUGAGAUUAAAAUGGUAUCCAAUUCCGCCACAGUAUAUUUGCGACAUUACAAAAGUCAAAAUUUAUUGAAUAAUAGAAUGAUAGAUGCAAAAGCACUGAAUAAUGUUACCUACACUUAUUUGGAAUCGAAACGGCCAAAGCUCACCUUGUUUUUCUCAAAGUCAAUCCACGGAGCCAAAAUGUGGUAUAAAAAUUAUACAAUAGGUGCACCAAUUGACUUUGAACUUUGGAAAACAGUGAUUCGGAAAAUGUUUUUGGACUUCAUUCCCUACGUUUCAAACUACACAACGCCAGUGUUUGUAAUUGAACAUCCAAGUACAGUAUAUAAUCCAGAGCCGUGCAUUAAGCGAAUCAGAAACACAUUUGGAGAAAACUGGUUGAGCCAUACAAAUGAAUGCACAAUGUAUCUAUUCUAUGACAGAGGCGUGGCCUAUCUUCGAGAAAUGUUCAGCGAAUUCAAACAAAAGUUCCACAAGUUUCACUAUAUCGAUAUGGGACCAAUUUUGUUCGGAUACAAUUGUACACAUAAGCUGAAACCUGUAUUUGUGAAUGGAGUCCAGGUUUUCCUAGAUUCAAGCCAUUUGACACCCGAUUUUGCUUCACUAAACUUCGAAAAAGUGUUGAGAAAACUACCAAAGAUUGAGUCAAACUAACUUACACCAACUCUCUAUUUUGCCAAAGACUUUUGUUGAUUAUA